AUAAAAGUCCCAAUUAGAAAGUUACCCGUUAUGAUUAUUUUAACUUAGUUGCAAUAUUUUCUUUUUGUUGCGCAAAACAUACAUUAUUACGACUAACAAACAACUUUUUUGUUUUAUUUUUGCUUGUAUUUGCUGAUCUCUAAUGAUCAUUAUAGCCUAGCAACCUCUUUACCUGCUAAUCCCUGAAGUAAGCUGCUCAUCGGAGUAUAGAGUAUCACUGGUGUCUUGUUAGUUUGCAUCAUGUCAGGCAAUGAAUGCGUACUGCAAAUUUCCAUGCUGAACAUCACGUAUGCAUCCUUGACAUGAUGGGACUUCAGGCUGCUCAAGCUACUCCAUCAUCCUAAAUUCUGAAGAGCAGUAAUCUUCCAUUGCCAUGUUUGUACAAGGUCAGACAGGAGGAGCAAACGUGCCACCUGUCAAUGUGCCUAUGACACCUGUGUAUACCAUUGGCAUUCAACCAAACAGCAAUGACGUUUACACCACACCACCUGGUUAUGUACCACCUCAGGUGCCAAUGUUGAUGCCAGUCCCACAGAGACCCCCUGGCUGUCCCCCAGGCCUGGAGUACCUGACACAGGUGGAUCAGCUUCUAGUUCAUCAAAAAAUAGAACUAAUGGAAGUUCUCAUGGGAUGGGAGACCAAUAAUCAAUAUGUAAUUAAAAACAGUUUAGGGCAGCAGGUAUUUUUGGCCGCUGAGGAGAACGACUUUUGCACGCGUAUGUUCUGUGGACCAGUGCGCUCCUUCAUAAUCCAUAUCCAAAAUAACAUGGGCCAAGAAGUGAUGACUUUAUCCCGUCCCCUUAACUGCAGCAGCUGUUUCUUUCCUUGUUGUCUGCAAGAGCUGGAGGUUCAGAGCCCUCCUGGCAGCCCUAUUGGAUACGUAAGUCAAUGCUGGCAUCCUUACCUGCCAAAGUUUCUUAUUCAGAAUGAGAGAAAAGAACCAGUUUUGAGGAUUGUGGGGCCGUUCUGUGACUGCAAGUGUUGUUCUGAUGUUAAUUUUGAGGUGAUGUCAUUGGAUGAAUCCUCAGUGAUUGGUCGGAUUAGCAAACAAUGGACGGGAUUUGAGGCAGAAGCAUUUACUGAUGCAGACAACUUUGGUCUUCAAUUUCCAAUGGAUCUGGAUGUGAAAAUAAAGGCGGUUAUAUUAGGGGCCUGCUUUCUUAUUGAUUUCAUGUAUUUUGAGCACACUCAAGACAAACAUUGAAACCAUCGAGGAGCUUGAUUCUUUUACUUUCAUUUAAAAAAUAAAAAACACAAAUAACUUUUUGUUUGGUUAUUAAAGUAUCAUAUCUCAAGAAUGUUAUAUGCAUUGUAAUAAAAUAAAGGUGUAAUCUAAUUUACUGUUCCUGAUCUAUCCUGAUUUCCUAUCAUAAUGGUUAUUUACAAAAAGAUUAAGGCCUAUCAGGGACACUACAUUAACAUUUCAAAAAGUGCACAUACAUUUAGGCUGCGUCCGAUUUCUAAGGAAGCUGACUUGUUGCCUCAUGAGGCAAUGACUUCGGCGGCAUGAAUGCAGCUCCGCGAAAAGCAGAGACAAGAAGAGAGAAAAAGAAAGGGAGAGAAAGGUAGGAUAGAUGUCAGUAAAAUGGGCUACACACCAGGGCCGUGCACAGACCUUUUGAGUGGCAUGCUGAUGCUGAAACUGAAAAAGGACACCCCCUUCCAACCAAAUAGCACAUAAUAAUCAUCUCAAAAGCUUUAUAUUUGUUCACUAUUUUUGAUAGUUUUAUAAAUAAUAUAUAGAUAAUCAGGGUUUCAGUUUGCAUAAAGUUCAGUAAAAAUAUGUUUGAAGAAAA